AUGAACUCAGCUGAAUUCAAUGAUGAUGAUGAAGUUAAAAUUAUAAAAAAUAAUCUUGUGAAAGUAGAAACAGAAAAUGAAGAUGAAGCACUAGACUGCUCCGUGACAUCCAGAUCUCCUGAGAAACACUCACUGGAUGGCUCAGUUACUUGCCUACAGGAUUCUAACAAACGGAAACAGACCUCACUUGGUUGUGAUGGUUCAGGGAGCCAGCAAGAGGUUUUACCCAGUGUGAAGAAAAGACGCUUUACUCAAGAGGGCCUCGUUUCAAACAUGAAGAACCGAGAUAUUGGGUCACCCACUCAGGUAAACGUAGAGCAGCCUAACAAGAACAAGAAUCCCAAUAUAACAUGGCUGUGUGAAGAAGAACCCUUCAAUGACGUGACCACUCCAUCCUAUAAGAAACCUCUGUAUGGCAUCUCACACAAAAUUACAGAGAAGAAGAGCACACCAGGGGCAGAGCAGUUUUCUUCUUAUGAGCUGUUUGAAAAGGUCAAUCCAAGCAGCCCCUCCCAUCUGCGGAAUUUGAGUGAUCAACGCAAAAGGGAUUCUGCUGCUACCAUCGCUGUUACAGCUUCCACCGCAGAUUCUGAUCCAAACAUAUAUUCUUUGAUACAGAAAAUGUUUUACACCCUCAACACCCUAAAUUCCAAUAUGUCUCAGCUUCACAGCAAGGUUGACCUGUUGUCUCUUGAGGUCAGCAGAAUUAAAAAGCAUGUCAGCCCAACAGAGUCUGUAGCAGAGUUCAGGCCUCCCCCAGAGUACCAGCUAACCGCUGCAGAACUCAAACAGAUCAUGGAUCAGAGCACAUCAGGUGGAGAUUUGGCUUGCCGGUUACUAGUUCAGCUUUUCCCAGAGCUCUUCAGCGAUGAUGAGUUCAACAGGAGCUGCAGCACAUGUGGCUUCCUUAACAAAAAGAAGCUUGAAUCGCUUCAUCUGCAGCUUAUCCGAAACUAUGUGGAAGUUUGUUAUCCUUCUGUGAAGAAUAAUGCUGUGUGGCAGGUGGAGUGUUUGCCCCAAGUUAAUGACUUUUUCAGUAGGUUUUGGGCACAAAGAGAAAUGGAAAAUAGUCAGCAAAGUGUGCAGUCAUCCAGUUUUUAUGAGUCUGAACAGGUAGAGUCUUCUCAUUUCAUUGAGGAUAAAGAGCAGGAGGAAGCUUUGUCCCUGGACAGGGAUAAUGCCACCACCUCAGAUUAUGUUCUAGAUGCUCAGGAUCUCAAUGAAUUUUUAGAUGAAGCUUCAUCCCCUGGGGAAUUUUCUGUGUUUUUGUUACACAGAUUGUUUCCUGAGCUCUUCGACCACAGGAACCUGGCUGAAAGAUAUAACUGCUAUGGAGAUUCUGGGAAGCAAGAGCUGGAUCCUCAUCGACUUCAGAUAAUUCGAAGAUACACAGAAAUUUACUUUCCUGAUGUGCAGGAAGAGGAGGCGUGGUUGCAGCAGUGUGCACAGCGAAUAAAUGAUGAACUUGAAAGUAUGUAUAUGGAUGGGAGUGAGUGUGACCAGAUGAGAGACGACUGCUAUGAUUCUUCUAGUUUGCCUGAUGAUGUAUCUAUCAUAAAAGUGGAAGACAGCUUUGAAUAUGAAAGGCCAGGAAGAAGGUCAAAAAAGAUUUGGCUUGUGCCCAUAGACUUUGAUAAACUUGACAUUCCCCCUCCCGAUUUUGAUGUUCCUAUCCCGGAUUACCUGUUGAACAAGGAACAAAUUAAAAAUAUAUAUGAAAGCAGUCUGUCCAUAGGAAACUUUGCAUCUCGAUUGCUUGUUCACUUAUUCCCUGAACUGUUUACUCAUGAAAAUCUAAGGAAGCAAUACAACUGUAGCGGAUCACUAGGCAAGAAACAACUUGAUCCAACCAGGAUUAAAUUAAUUCGACACUAUGUGCAAAUAUUGUACCCAAGAGCAAAGAACGAUAGAGUAUGGACAUUGGAAUUUGUUGGGAAGCUUGAUGAGAGAUGUCGACGCAGGGAUACCGAACAGAGGCGCACAUACCAACAGCAGCGGAAAGUUCAUGUUCCAGGGCCUGAGAGGAGAGAAUUUCUUACCUAUGCAAUAAACCCAGAAAGAUUCAGAGAAGAGUUUGAAGGGCCACCACUGCCGCCAGAAAGAAGCAGCAAAGAUUUUUGCAAGAUACCACUUGACGAACUUGUCGUUCCUUCUCCAGACUUCCCUGUGCCUUCUCUGUACAUGCUAUCUGAUAAAGAGGUAAGAGAGAUAGUACAGCAGAGCCUUUCUGUGGGAAACUUUGCUGCCAGGCUUCUAGUAAGACUCUUUCCAGAGCUCUUUACUCCAGAGAAUCUCAGACUGCAAUAUAACCAUUCAGGUGCUUGUAACAAGAAGCAACUUGAUCCCACCAGACUCAGAUUGAUCCGUCAUUAUGUUGAAGCAGUUUACCCCGUGGAGAAAAUGGAAGAAGUGUGGCAUUAUGAAUGUAUACCGAGCAUUGAUGAAAGAUGCCGGCGUCCCAACAGGAAAAAGUGUGAUAUACUGAAAAAAGCCAAGAAAGCAAAAAAGUGA